CAGCUGACUCGGCGCCAUUUUGUCGUAGAUUUCUCGGCGGAGCCGCAGUCCACGAUUCGGCGCACAGGAUUCUUUCCUGCGCCCGCACCUCCCCGUGGUGGCAUGCCCUACUGAGGGAGCCGCUUUUGAGCAUCACCGCAGAGACGAAGUCAGACUCGGACCUGCCACUACCGCCGCCAUGGCGUUGAAGAUGGUGAAGGGAAGCAUCGAUCGCAUGUUCGACAAGAACCUGCAGGACCUCGUACGUGGCAUCAGGAACCACAAGGAGGACGAGGCCAAGUACAUUUCAACAUGCAUUGAUGAAAUCAAGCAGGAACUGAAGCAGGACAACAUUGCUGUGAAGGCCAAUGCAGUCUGCAAGCUCACCUAUUUGCAGAUGCUGGGGUAUGACGUCAGCUGGGCUGCUUUCAACAUUAUUGAAGUGAUGAGCUCCUCUAAAUUUACGUACAAGCGAAUUGGAUACCUUGCUGCUUCUCAGUGUUUCCAUGAGGGCACAGAUGUGAUCAUGCUGACCACUAAUCAGAUUCGAAAGGAUCUCAGUAGCCCUAAUCAAUAUGACACUGGUGUGGCUCUAACUGGUCUGUCCUGUUUUGUAACCCCUGAUCUUGCCCGGGACCUGGCCAAUGACAUCAUGACCCUGAUGUCUCACACUAAGCCUUAUAUACGCAAAAAAGCUGUUCUCAUCAUGUACAAAGUGUUCCUCAAGUACCCAGAAUCACUUCGUCCAGCAUUCCCGAGACUGAAAGAAAAACUGGAGGAUCCUGACCCUGGUGUGCAGUCAGCAGCAGUCAAUGUCAUUUGUGAACUUGCCAGACGUAACCCCAAGAAUUACUUGUCCCUGGCCCCAUUGUUCUUUAAGCUCAUGACCUCUUCCACCAACAACUGGGUCCUUAUCAAGAUUAUCAAACUGUUUGGUGCACUAACACCUCUGGAGCCCAGGCUGGGAAAGAAACUGAUUGAGCCACUGACCAACCUUAUACAUAGCACCUCAGCAAUGUCUCUGCUUUAUGAAUGUGUGAAUACAGUCAUUGCAGUUUUAAUAUCCUUGUCCUCCGGGAUGCCCAAUCAUAGUGCUAGCAUCCAGCUGUGUGUCCAGAAGCUCCGGAUUCUUAUUGAGGACUCUGAUCAGAACUUAAAAUACCUUGGUCUUUUGGCCAUGUCCAAGAUCCUGAAGACACAUCCCAAGUCUGUCCAGUCACAUAAGGACCUUAUCUUGCAGUGCCUUGAUGACAAGGAUGAAUCUAUCCGUCUCAGAGCUCUUGACUUAUUGUAUGGCAUGGUUUCCAAGAAGAACCUGAUGGAAAUAGUUAAAAAACUGAUGAUCCAUGUUGACAAGGCAGAAGGGACAACAUACAGGGAUGAGCUGCUUACCAAGAUCAUUGAUAUUUGCAGUCAGUCAAACUAUCAGUACAUAACCAACUUUGAAUGGUAUAUUAGCAUCUUGGUGGAGUUGACACGCUUAGAAGGCACUCGGCACGGCCACCUGAUCGCUUCACAGAUGCUAGAUGUUGCAAUUCGUGUCAAGGCUAUCCGUGGCUUUGCUGUGGCCCAAAUGGCUAUGUUACUAGACAAUGCCCACCUACUUGCAGGAAACACUCAACGCAAUGGAAUAUGUGAAGUCCUAUAUGCUGCAGCCUGGAUUUGUGGAGAAUUCUCAGAGCACUUGGAAGAUCCCCUGCAGACACUAGAGGCCAUGCUGAGACCAAAAGUGACUACCCUACCAGGACACAUCCAGGCUGUUUAUGUCCAAAAUGCUGUCAAGCUCUUUGCUGCUGUUUUGACACGGCGGGAAACUGCAGGAGAAAAACAGGCUGCCCAAGAGACAACAGAAAUGCUGAUUGAAAAGCUGCCUCAGUUUGUUCAAAGUGCAGACCUUGAGGUGCAGGAGAGGGCAUCCUGCAUACUACAGCUAGUAAAAUAUAUCCAGAAACUGCAGGCUAAGGAGGUGAGUGUGGCGGAAGAAGUAACUGCUCUAUUUGCUGGUGAACUGAAUCCUGUGGCCCCCAAAGCUCAAAAGAAGGUGCCAGUCCCAGAAGGCUUGGACCUUGAUGCAUGGAUCAAUGAACCACCUUCUGAGAGUGAGUCAGAGGAUGAGAAACCAAAGGCCAUCUUCCAAGAGGACGAGCCAAAGCACUCACGUCCACGUCUAACAGAGCUGGAUGAACAGGAGCUAGCCAGGCGACGGGAGGCCAGGAAACAGGAACAAGCCAACAAUCCUUUCUACAUAAAGAGUUCUCCAUCUCCUCAAAAGAGCUACCAGGAUACCCCUGGUGUUGAUCACAUUCCAGUAGUGCAGAUUGACCUCACUGUGCCUCUGAAAGUACCUGGGAUGCCUAUUUCAGAUCAGUAUUUGAAACUGGAAGAGGAGCGGCGGCUGAAGCAGAAACAGGAGAAGAAGGACAAGAAGAAGAAGAAAAAGAAGGAAAAGCAUGGCAAGAGCCGCCGACAUGACUCUGCUCACACAGAGAGCGAAGAGGAUAUUGCCCCUGCACAGAGAGUGGACAUUGUCACCGAGGAAAUGCCUGAGAAUGCACUGCCUAGUGAUGAAGAUGACAAGGACUCAAAUGAUCCCUAUAAGGCUUUGGAUAUUGAUCUAGAUAACCUGGUGUCUGGAGGAGGAGCAUAUCGACCUUUAGCAGAUAGUGAAAAGCUGCCUGUCCGAACGCAUCGCCCAUCUCGAACAGAGGGACUGAAAUCUCCUGAUGUAGACACCACAGCAGAGGAGCAGCGCCCCAAAAAAUCCAAAGAGAAAGAUAAAAAGAAGGACAAGGAAAGGAAGAAAAGCAAGGAAGAGAAGAAAAAAAAGAAACGCAAAAAGUCUGCACCAACAGAGGAACUUGAGGAGGAAGAACAGCAGCACCAGGGAGAACAGGCUGAGGACAAAAUCUCCACAGAGGAUACUUCAGAGGCAAAAGAGGCAAAAACUAACGAUGUACCUGCCGCAGUACCCACUGAGGCCUCUGAUUUGGAUUUCUGGCUUGCCACAGCUCCUGUGCCCUCUAAACCUCAGCAACAGCCAUUGGAGGCUGUACCCCUCAGUGAGCCAGAGUCACCCAAAGAAAGUGAAAAGGACCAAGAAGAGUCUAAAUCUUCAAAACACAAGAAAAAGAAACACAAGAAAGAGAAGGAAGAAAAGAAAUCUAAGAAGAAGCGGCACCGAAGUGAGAAUGUGGAGUCAGAAGCAGCUGUUCAUAAUGGGACUGCAGAAGAGGAAGAGGAGGAGCCACUACCGCCCAUGUCAAACUACUGCCUCCUGGCUGAGAACUCUUAUAUUAAGAUGGUGUAUGACAUCCAGGGAAACCUGCAAGAUGGCAGUCAAGUGGUGGUAUCUGUCAUUUUUGAGAACAAUUGCACAGACUUCUUGAAGUCCAUGGAAUUCAACGUGCUUGACUCCCUCAACACUAGAUUGGUGCGGCCUAGCGGAGCCAGCGUUCAUGAUGGGAUUGCUGUACCCUUUCAGCUGCCUCCAGGUGUUUCUAAUGAGGCGAGGUUUGUCUUCACCGUACAGAGUAUUGUCAUGCCUCAGAAACUGAAGGGAACGCUAACAUUUAUUGUAAAAACAGAAGAUGGGUCCACUCAUGAGAAACUGGAUUUUAAAUUGCACUUCACUUGCACUUCAUACUUGAUCACAACGCCCUGUUACAGUGACGCCUUUGCUAAGCUGCUGGAGUCUGAAGAGCUGAAGGUUAAUGCACUCAAGCUGGAUAGCAUCAACAUGCCCUUUCACCACCUGCUUGCCAAGAUCUGCUUCCAUCAUCAUUUCUCAGUUGUGGAGAGGAUCGACUCGUGUGCAUCAAUGUACAGCCGGUCUAUCCAGGGACAUCAUGUGUGUCUUCUUGUCAAAAGUGGAGAUAACAGUGUCUCUAUUGAUGCAAAAUGUAACGAGCCGUCUCUUUUAAGUCAUGUACUGGAAGAAAUCAAGCAGACCUUCACCACAGCCUCCUGAUCGUCUGUCUUCCAACACUCUGUUGUUGGUGGUGGUGGCGGGGGGGGGGUGUCUAAACCAGCGCUGUGCUGUACCAGUCAAGCUGUCUGUCCCUGCUCUGCCACUCGCAUGUACCAUCAUGCACACACAUCUGGCCCAGGACACCCCUCCCACUCCCCACACUUCCACCCCUUUCCACUGUCUGCUGCUCUUCUCUUGCUGGGAUCCUCCUUCUUUCCUGGCCUCACUUUAUUUAACCAGAAAUCCUUGCAGCCUCUGCCCUAGAGUAUUUGGAAAGCCCACUUCUGUUGUUCAGGCCCACCACACCCGCUUUCCAUAUUUGCAUCUUGAUGGUGGAAUAAUACAAGCUGCCUUGCAAAUUUUCUAGGUCUUGAAUGCUGCUGAUAGUAUUUUUAGGCUGACUUGGGGGAGUGAUCAUGUGGGGAAAGGCACACAGAAUGUGACAGUCAUGUCCUGAACCCCAACAGCCCUCUCUGCACCCCUGCCAUUUUUAUUUUUAAGUUAGGAACACUAAAACUGUCAAGGAUGUAUUUGUAGGCCUCACUUAGUGCUUGAGGGGCACCUCAUUAAUCGUGUUUUCCCUGAACUAGUGCUGCAGUUCUGUGGAGGGCUUCCAAGGGAGAAAACAGACGUUAUUAUGAUAAAGAUGGUGGUCCUCCACCCCCUGAUUUGGCUGUCUGUUCUUAUUUCUGAUAUGUUUUACAGAAGUGGUGGCUGCAGCUGUAGAAAUGGAAUGUGAAAAAUCAGAUGAUGCGCUGCUCACAUCGAGCCUCAUGUUCUGCAUCUGACCCUGCUUCUCAGUAGUCUGUACCAUGUUUAUUGUAAGCUUGAAGGACCUACCUUGAUUCUGUCUCUCACAUGGGGGUUUGUACUGGUGUCAGACACACUGCCAUUAUCAUUCUCAUCCACGCAGCCACCCACCAAAACAUUCAGCUUUACAUUCCUAUAGCAUUAGGGGCUUUUCAAGACUCCCAUUUGUGUGGUUGUGGGGAGUAGUCUGGGAAGCCAAGUGGAGGGUGUCUCUACAGAUUUGAGUGUAGACCCACCCAACCCCAUCUGUACAAACACCACAUGCUGUUCAGUUGGUCUUGUUCAAAUGUGGGGGCUUAGGUGGGCAGCUGCACACGUCUUACUCGUCCUUACCUGUCUCUGUUCUGUCAACAUCAAGAAUGAUUGAUUCUGGUAUUUUUUUUUAAACUUAUGUGGCAUUGCAGUUACACUAAUAUUUGAGGGUGGGGGGAGAAUUCAAACACACAGUCAAGGUCUUACUUUACUUUAUUUUUUUGUUGCUGGUUACAAGUAUUGCUGUUGUACGGAAUAAGCCCCUCACCUUUGCUUCCAAAGCUUUUGUCCAAAUUCCUGUGUGGUGAUUCUUUCCAUUUCGGAUGUAUGGCGUGAAAUAAUAAUUAUAAGAAAAUGACUUUGCUAUACGACAUUCCCUUUACGAUGAGGAAUUGUGACAAGCUGCUGUAUCCUUUUUGUGUCGAGUUGAUCCAAUAAAGAAAUGACGAAAAAAGUCGCACUGUUGAGUUUCUUAGUGAUGGCUAUGCAAGUCAGGCUCCCAUCAACCCCUAAAACUGUGCCUUCUGGGUAAAUCCGUGCAAAGUUGGAGUUGCUGUAACUUGGGGGUAUGCGGGAUGGGGCAGCAGUGGCUGUGGGUUUUUGUUCCAGUGCGGUUGCUUAAUGACAAGAUUAUUAUAGGUCUGCCUUUUUUACAUUAGUUUUUUAUUUCAAUAUUUUUCUGAUCAUACUUGAAAAUUCAGUUUAGUUUCUCUUCAUGCUGUAUUUGUAGUUUUCAUUUUUUAUUAUCACAAAGACAAUUUCUGUUUUACUUUCAUAGAUAUUAGUUUCCUUUUUUAGUAGUUAUGGUGUGUUAACGAGAUAUUCUGGAGUUUAGUUUUGCUUCAUUAUCAGACAGACCAUCAGACUUGAUGGAUUUCAAUAUAAUUUUUAUUUAGUGGAAGUGGAAGCCAAUAGUUGGAUUCAGAAAGUAUUUCCACCCCUUCAGUUUCUGAUACUUUAUUGUGUUGUAAAUUUAAAUUGUAAAGGACCAUUUUUACUCCAUUAACCUACAGUCAGUAACCUAAAAUAGCAAAGUGAAAACCUGUUUUCAGAAAGGUUUGCAAAUUUAUUAAAAUCAGUAACUGAAAUCUGUCAUUCAUGUAAGUAUCCAGACCAUUAAUUCAGUUCUUUUAUUGAAGCC